AUGACUUCAAGCAAAGGAAAACCUACCGACCCUGAGUUGAGGGAGGAGAUCAAAGAGGAAAUCAAGCAAGAGCCCAACAAAUCCGGCGGCGGUCAAGGCCAAUGGUCCGCCUGGAAGGCGACGAAGCUCGCCAAGGAGUACGAGAAGCAAGGGGGCGAUUACGAGGAUGAGGCUGGGAGCAAGAACAAGGCGCAGAAGGGCGCGCCGGAGAAGAAGGAGUAG